UCAUGGUGCGUGGGGCCUGUCACCUUCGCGCGCACUGCGUCCGUCUACUGCGUCAUUCUGCGUGCGACUGACAAAGCGAGCCGAUGAGCAGGCGGGCGGGCAGACAAACGAACGAGCGGUCGAUCGGUUGAACGAGCGAGUAGCCAGUGGACGACAAUGAUGUCACCCGCGCGAAACGUCGAUCCUCGGGUUUUCGCCGUCGGGGAAACGCGCCACGACGUAGUGGCGCGCGUGCGGCUUCCUCUCGCUUCGCACUCCGUUCGCGUUUCUCUCUCUCUCUCUCUCCCCCUCCUUUAUUUCUCUCUCCUUUUUCCGUUCUCUGUCUUUCACGGGGUCCACUCGUCGUGGGCACGACGACGAGCGCGCGACGAUAACGGGCACUGUGAUAACACGCACGCGACGUAAGCGACGGUCCGCACUGCGCGACUGGACGCGGGCGAAAUGCGCGACGGAUCCGCCACUGGCUGCUACCGUUUCGCGUUGGCGUCAACGUCGUCGUAGUCGGGGUACGCGUGUGUGUGUGCGUGCGUGCGUCAACAUCGCGCGCUCGCGGCCGUCUACUUGGCUGUCCCCAAAGAACGAAAACAAUAAUCAGCUGAUUCGCCGAUACGACGGCGCGAAGAAGAGUGGGGAGAACGAGAUCGGCUGCGAUCGGAAGUAGCCUCGCUCGCUUGCUCUCUUCCUUCCACUCGUUCGCUCGCUCACUCUCUCUCAUUCGCGAUCGCUCGAGACUGAGUAAUCGAUGGUUGACCUCGACGUCACGGUUAAUCCUGACAACUUCAGCCAACCUCGGUCUCCGACGUUCUCUCUCUCUCUCUCUCUUUCUUCCUCCCUCUCUCUUUUUCUCUCUCUGCAGAAACAUCGGUCCAUAUUUUGAACUCGCUUUCAUCGAUAAAAGUGCCUUGCACUCUGCUGUUCUGUUCGGGUCUAUUUGACCCGAAAUCAUCUUUAUCUCGCUGUUACAUUCUUAUGUGAUUUUAUGUGAUUCGAGUGAGCGUUUUGACAUUUCGCUUGGCUUCGUAGCUCAAGAACAUUAAUUUGAAAUGCCAGCACGCUCACUCAUUCAUCAUAUAACAAUGUAACAGGGAAGUAAGAGUGAUUUCGGGUCAUACAGGCCCGAGCAAAACAGCAAGGUUAAUGUGAUUUCUCAACCAAUCGGGUGGUUCCUGCGCCACUUUCAGAGGCACUUUUGUCGAUAAAAGUGAACUCAGAAUACGGACCAUCGUUUCGGGGGAAUAAUUCAUCUGGUCAUAUUAAGAAUAUAAAUAUACAGAUGAUAAGGAGGGGGGUAACGACAAGUUAACGACAACAAAGAAGGAAUAAUGCGGGUCGAGGGAGCGAGCGUGAAGCGCAACAUCGCCGCGACCAGCUAGUGCUAUUACGGAAUGUAAGGCCUCGUUAGGUGACGUAAAUCUGUAAAUUGUGAUAUUGAACUACUGCGGCAAGCGUACAGCGGACCGACCGACCGACAAUGAACAGCAGUGCCUCGCGGGGCUAACCAGCUGUCGCGACAUCGCCAGCUGACUUCGACGGUCACGUGAGAUCGCCCAGGUGACGCGCAGGCUGGCGCGCUGAAUUCAACGGCGACUGCCACAACUCGCGUGCCUUCGAUUUAGAAGCGGACUCGUAGGAACAAAUAGUUCGAAUGAUGAAUAUGGGGAGGAACGGGAACACCUUUCUAACGUAAUCACCGGGCACACUCCCCUCUCAAAGCGCAUACGUUAAGUCAAUAUGACGAUGUUUACCGUGACCUGCUUCUGUUUAAUCGCAAUUACACUAGCUCACGAUGCCGCCGCCGCUCGUCCGAAUUUCUUGCUGAUCAUCGUCGAUGAUCUGAGGACCAGUCUGGGAUGUUACGGCGAUAACAACGCGUACACACCGAACAUCGACGCUUUGGCAGAGGAUAGCGUUGUUUUCGCCGAAGCGUUCGCACAGCAGGCUUUGUGUGCGCCUAGCAGGAAUUCACUUUUGACAAGCAGAAGACCGGAUACUCUUCAGCUGUAUGAUUUCUACAGUUACUGGCGCGAUACAGUUGGCAAUUAUACCAGUUUACCGGAGCAUUUAAAGAACAAUGGUUACACCACGAUGUCCAUAGGAAAAGUAUUUCAUCCAGGUAUAAGUUCCAAUAAAUCUGACGAUAGUCCUUAUUCGUGGACCGAGAAACCUUUUCAUCCUUACACAGAUAGAUAUAAAAACGCUCCCGUUUGCAAAGCAAGCUCACAAUCAAAAGCGGCACGAAAUAUCGUAUGUCCGGCACACGUUUCAACUAUGCCAAAUAAAACAUUGCCCGAUAUUGAGACGUUACAGGAAGCGAGAAGAUUCAUACAUAAGCACAGAAGAGACUCCAAACCCUUCUUCCUCGCUGUUGGCUUUCAGAAACCUCAUAUACCGUUGAAGUAUCCUGACCGUUUCCUAAAAUAUCAUCCGAUUCAUAAAUUUAAAAUACCUGAGCCAUAUCUGUGGCCGAAUGAUGUAGAUAACGUCGCUUAUAAUCCCUGGACCGACCUUCGAUGGAGACAAGACGUGGCAGAGUUGAAAUUAAAGUUUCCAUGGGAAAAAAUUCCAGAGAAGUUCGGCAAGCUGAUUAUCCAAUCGUAUUAUGCAGCCGUGUCCUACAUUGACAAUCUGAUUGGCAAACUUAUGUAUCAGUUGCACGUCUCGAUGGUUCGAGAGAAUACUAUCGUAAUAUUAACAUCUGAUCAUGGUUGGGCACUUGGAGAACACGCUGUUUGGUCGAAGUACAGCAAUUUUGACGUUUCUGUACAUGUACCUUUAUUAAUAUCGAUCCCAACGCUCACAUUUGAUUCCGUUAAUUACCACGUUGGAGCUGUCGAUCGUACAAAAUGUACCGCAAAAGUAGCAAACAUCGCCAGUGAAACUGAUGAUUUAAAGUACGUGAUACUGAAUACUACGAAAAUCGGCGACUCGAAAACGCGUGGAAAUACAGGAUAUUAUAUGGACAAACGCAAGAGGAAAGUCUCAAAGGUGUAUAAUCGACAACGAUAUGAUAAAUUUAUAAAGAGCGAUGCGUCAUAUCGUGGAAUGCAGAGGAAACGUAAAGUCACGAAUGCGAUCGUGGAACUCGUCGACAUAUUUCCGACGAUCGCGGACUUGGCGGGCGCGCCUGUACCGAUGUGUCAAAUUCACAUUGAUAGAGAGCACGAGUCACGCUUAAGCAAUCUUACUUAUCGGAAGGAAUCCGAUCCUUGUAGCGAGGGUAUCACACUUCUACCGCUCAUAAGGAGUAUCUCACGAUGCCAGGACAUAUCCUGGAAGAAGGCAGCGUUCAGCCAAUAUCCAAGACCGGGAAUUCAACCUACGCUCCACCCAAACAGCGAUAAACCACACUUGAGAGAGAUAACUAUAAUGGGCUACACUCUGAAAAGCAACGACUAUCGUUACACCGCGUGGAUACCGUUCGCGCAUGAAACGUGUAAACCAGACUGGAAUGUUCUUAUCGCGGAGGAAUUGUAUGAUCAUAGGGUGGACAGGGCAGAAAAUUUCAAUAUAGCCGCUACGCCAGAUCUGUCAAGUACAAAGGAAUACCUAAGGUCGUUGUUGAGAAAUGGGUGGAGAAGUGCUCUUCCAACGUACUGAAUUUCAACGCUUCAGUGCCAUGUAAAUAUUAGUCAUAAUCAAUGUUUAGUAUA